AAAAAUUAUACUUACUAAUUUACCAAUGACAAAGUUUACAAUAUAAGAUAACACAAUUUCGAACGUUGUUUAUCAAAUAUAUUACUCAUAUCCCUUGCUAUAUAGAUAGUAAAUGAGAUAAGCAGGUUAACUCACAAAUAUGUUGCUUGCAAAGUUCCAAUAAAAUGGUAAAAAAUGAUGAGCACAGUUAACAAAACAUCUUCAAAGAGAUUAAAAAAUUUAUUGGGAUAUGAGUUAAAUUUUACAGAGGAUGCCACUGUAAACUAUCUAGUCCCAGCAGCAAGUGCCUCUGUACUCUAUAUGUUUAUAAUUGCAGGUGACAUAGCAGUAAUUUUCAGGCAUUAUAAAGACUACAACCCGAUAUGGGGAAAUUUAACAUUGUCUAUCAUGUAUCUUCCAGCACUAGGAAGUUAUUUAUUUAUUUUGUCCAACUCGGACUAUUGGCCGCAAGCACCAUUACUAAGAAAAGAAAAUAUAAUAUGGCUGUUGAAGAAAACUAGUGCACACUUGUUAUUCCCUAUCUGGAGUAUGUGGAGGUUCGCUGAAAGAAUUUUCUGGUCAAUUGAAGUUAUUCGAAGCAAAGAUGAAUUCGCUAUAAAUGAAGCCAUUUCUAUAAUAAGUGCUCCUCGUACAAUAGAACUGUAUAUUUUUCUUCAGGCUUAUAUGCAUUCUUUGCUACAGGUGCUUCUUCAACUUUACAUUCUAAUGAGGCACAAUGCAAAUAUUGAGAGAGAAUCAAAAGACGCGCAGGUUUUCUGUAUAGUGUUUAACCUUGCUAAGGUUGCAAUCACCACUACUUUCUACCAAAGAUUUAAGUCACAAAAAAUAGCUGGUUCUCAGUAUCCCUGGUACAAAUCAAAGACACCUAAAUCAUUAAUAGAAAAUCAGGAAGUAAUUUUGAGAAAUUCAGGCAGUUCACAAUCCAGAUCAGUCAUUGAAAAUCGAAAAACAGAGUUGAAUCGUAUGUCAAAGCUAUAUCAACUACUACCUUCACUCGUAUCGCAAAGGCGUAGAAGCAGUGAUAUAUAUUUAGAACCAACGGCAACCAACACAGAUUUACAUGAAUUUGCAGUAACUAAACAUCAGAAUGACGAAAGUGGGGCCCAAUCGACAACUGAAUUUGAUGGAAUAAGAAGAACUUCCAAAGAAUCGCUCCGAGGACAAGAGGUAAAUUCUGAAGUAAGAGGGACAACAUUGUCAAAUCGAUCAGAACCAGAUUUGAAUAUUGCUAGAAUAAUUUACAUUAAAGGUUUGCAAGAAGAUGACCUUGCAGGACGACUUAUUGCAUUUUGUUGGUGGUUUACAUUUCUAUUGGGUAGAGUAUUGGCAAUAUCAGUAUUUGCUUAUUUCUUUGUAAAAGAAACAAUUUGGUUACUGACUUCUCAUUUUGUGCUUGUCCUUGCUUUUCUAAUUUAUGACGUAAAAUCUAAUGAAGUCCGACGAGCGAAAGCUUUCUUUUUUAUUUUUUUAGGAAUCAUCUACAUUUUCUGCAUUAUAGAGUUUAAGAUAAAAUUUAAAAAAGCCUAUUUUAUAUACUCUGGUUACUUUACGUUAGUGUUCUUGGAGAAUUUUACAAUGUGCCUUGUUUGGUACUAUGGUCAGUUAGAAUCCCUGGAAACGGAUUACUGGUUCAGAUACACAUUUUAUGUUGUUGUAGGGAGUAGCUUGCUAAGCUUGUGUUCAAUGAUCUUUUAUUUGACUCUGACCAAGCCAAAAUCAGUUUUGAUACCAACUACUCUAGUCAAUAGUAGAAAUUCAUCAUAAUAGGUUUUAUUUUUUUUUUGUCAAAGUUUUUAAUU